AUGAAUAAAAUCUUGAAUCUUGAAUCUACACUAAGUGGACGAAAUGAAGACAAAAUAAUAUCUGAAUUAAUAAUAUCUGAAUUAAAGAAAUUGUAUGACUUAAAACUUAGGACCCUCAGGAGAGAGGCAUGUGCUGCUUUUAUUGCUGAUUCUGACAACAAGUCCAAAGCAGUUUGGAGAGUGAUCAACAGUGAGAGGAAAGGCAAAGAUGAGCCGGCGGACAUUAGACGCCUAGAGUUUGGAGAUUUAUCGUUGACUGAACCUGUUGAUAUUGCCAACCAAUUUAACUCGUACUUUACCACUAUUGCAGAGGAGACAUUGAAGGCAAAUCCGGGAGAGGGUGAACAUCGCUUUCAGUUCAAAGACUGGGAGGUGGAGAGUCCCACGUCAACAUGGGCGCCAACAUCUGGGAAAGAGCUACUUGGGAUUAUCUCUUCAAUGAAAAGCAAGACAUCUGCUGGCCUGGACGAUUUCUCUUCAGUGAUGCUCAAGUACUGCCGUUAUGAAUUAUUGACUCCAUUGUUACAUGUUUGCAAUCUCAGCCUUGGCCAGGGUCUAUUUCCGAGUAAAAUGAAGACCUCUAAAGUUGUACCCCUACAUAAGAAGGGCAGCAGACACAAGUUCGAAAACUACAGGCCCAUUUCGUUGGUGCCUACAUUCUCCAAGUUGAUAAAGAAAAUAAUAUUGGCAAGAAUAUCGGUCCAACUGGAGGCAAAUAACCUACUUUUAUCAGGGCAACAUGGGUUCAUCCAGCAAAAGUCUACUACAACUGCACUCGCAGAUCUUGUAGAACACAUGAUAAAUAAGAUCGAGGAGGGUGAAAGCGUCGUAGAUUUCUACUUGGACUUAAGUAAGGCCUUUGAUUGCUUGGAUCAUGCAAUGAUACUGACUAAGCUUGAAUACUUGGGCUUUAGGAACACUGCUUUGUCAUGGUUUGCAAACUAUUUGAAGGAUUGA